UCUUUCAUUUUAGUUGAGAAAGGACAAUGGGCAUGCUAAUUGUAGCCUCUGGAAAGAGUGUGACAUUAUCCAUCAUAAUUGUGUUUUCUGAUCUUGAAGGAGCUUAGCAUUCCACCAAGAACGUUAAGUAAGUAGGAAAGCAGUUUAAGUAUUCAGACAACACAGAAGUUGUUGGGAUUUCUGCAUCCCCGUUGUCAUCUUCCACCCCUAACAAAGUGAUGACCUCACAGCAGCAUCCCCUCCCCAAUGCAAACGUCAACCCUCCCCUCCUUGUCCCCCAGAACUCUUCAGCUCACCACGGUAGGCCUCACAUUCACGCAAACCAGCUGGACUCUACUCAGAGUAGUGCUGCGGGGCACCUUGCCCCCCACAGAGGUCUGAUGGGUGGUGUGGGGUCCUCAUCAGUGGGGACCUCCAGCGGAGUGGCAGUGAACAGGGGCGCCUCGGCCUCCUGCACUAACUCUGCCAUUUCCAGGAGGCCCUCGUCGGGACGCUUCGAACCCUGGCCCGAGGAGGCCGUAGACAACGCUUACGGCUUGUACUCACUGCACCGCAUGUUUGACAUAGUGGGAGCCCAGCUUACACACCGUGACGUGCGAGUGCUCUCCUUCCUGUUCGUGGACGUCAUCGACGAGUAUGAGCGCGGAGGCAUCAGGAGCGGCCGGGACUUCUUGCUAGCUCUGGAGCGCCAGGGGCGCUGUGAUGAGACCAACUUCAGACAUGUCCUGCAGCUGCUCCGUAUCAUCACACGGCACGACCUGCUGCCCUACGUCACACUCAGGAAGAGACAGACCGUGUGCCCAGACCCAGUGGAUAAGUACCUGGAAGAGACGUCAGUGCGUUAUGUUUCCCCCAGAGGAGGAGAGAGCAGGGAGGCUACACCCCACAGGAGGACAGGCCCCCAACCAGUAAUAUGCUGUUCUCCAUCGGGGCCCCAGGUGGGCCCCCCCCGCACCAAGCGGCCCCCAUUACCGAACCGCAAAAGGAAGAGGGCCCACACCACAGGAGACUGCAGGGAGAAGCAAACCUGUGACAUCCGCCUACGAGUGCGCGCCGAGUACUGCCAGCACGAAUCAGCGCUUCAGGGAAAUGUCUUCUCCAACAAGCAGGAGGCUCUGGAGAGGCAGUUUGAGAGGUUCAACCAGGCAAACACUAUUCUCAAGUCCCGGGACCUGGGCUCCAUCAUCUGUGACAUCAAGUUCUCGGAGCUCACAUACCUAGAUGCUUUCUGGCGGGAUUAUAUCAACGGCUCCCUGCUGGAGGCCCUGAAGGGCGUCUUCAUCACAGACUCACUCAAACAGGCAGUGGGCCAUGAGGCCAUCAAACUGCUGGUCAAUGUGGAUGAGGAGGACUAUCAGGCCGGCCGCCGCAAGCUGCUCCGGAACCUGGUCACUGGAGGUGGGGCCGGGGCUGCUGCCACACCCGAAGGGAGCAGAGGGACUCCAUCCUCUUAGAAGCGCAUGUCUGCUUCUUUUAGCAGGGGGGCACCCAUGUCCCAAAUAAGAUAACUUAACGGCGAGGACAGAAGCAAGGAAAGUAUAAAGUACGUUCUGAUUCAGGAAGAAGUAUGAGGAAGAAUGCUGGGUGCCCUGCCCUUUCAUCUAUGAAGGGAAUGUGAAAUUAAAGUGAGCAAGAGUAAGUUGAGUUAGAUGUAUGGAACACAGACAUAAGAUAAGUGUUUUGAAUGUUGAAGGUUUAGUUUUUUCUGCUGGAAGGACAAUGCUAAUAUUUUAUAUUGUAACUUGUGAAUUGACUAUAAAAUCUGAUUUAACAUUUUCUUUUGGUAUCACACAGCUCUUUGCCAUAAAGUGUUCUUGAAAUGGCCCCUAGUAGACUAUUACUACACAUGGCUAUAAACAAGUCCCUAUUGGGACAUUUAGCAUUUUGUUUACUGCCAGACAGGGACAAAAUCAUUGUAAGCCAGGGACAUGCCAUCAUUAUAAUUAUUUGGUAGUAAAUCAUUGAAAAAUAUUUUUGGUAUGUUGUCAAAUGAACAAUUCUUGUGUGGGUCAUUCUUGAUGAUUUGGUUCAAAAGGAUUGAAAAUAUUAAGUGCACUGAGUGGUUUCAGAUGUGCUUGAAAAUUGCAAUACAAAAUUCAACAACAGAAUGCAGUAAUAAGUAUUAAAAAAACGGCAAGUCAUUUUGAAAUAAUUUUGACCCCAAAUACUGUAUCUAACCUCAUCUCAAAUACAAAUGUCCUUUUUGAAUAUGUGUAUUCACCCAUGACUCAGACUUCUAUUUCUUGAUUUGCUUGUCAAUAUUAGAAUUUAAUCAGAAAGACGCAUUCAUUAAAGCUGGACUCUUUAGUGGUGAAACUGCCACGUCUGUUUGCGAUAUUACAACAACAAAGACGGUACGGUACUUCAAACAACACCGUUUUUUUCCCUCUGACAUCAUCUCACAUCAUUGCAAGCACGAUAGAACAGCAGAGUGGGUACCACAAUGCACCGCUGCUCUGUUUCCAAAACAAAAACACCUGGCGUUUUUAAAACAACUUUAACAAUUGUUUUAUUAUAGUUUUAUUAUAUUUGAGUUACAACCAACAUACAAAGUUCCCCCCUUGUUUUUGCAUUUUAAUUGUAAUUUCAUGUAAAGAGAAAAGGCUCUACACACUGCAUUUAGUACUUUCAACCAUUUAUUUGGGGAAGUACACUGGGAGCACCAUUUUGUUUGAUUGAGUUCAUCAAUAUCAUACAUUUUACUACAACGGUAUAAUUCGAUAUAUUGUGUUUCAUUGAAAUGUACAAGACCAGAGUAGUUGGUGAUUAUUUUGGACCACAUUUUCAAGACAUCUUUGUCCACAGUUCAUUAUCCUACAAUCAAUCUGACACAAUGUAGCAUGGUGUAGUGCUAUCCAAGUUAGGAGCCUUGCUUUAGGAAACAAGACAACUUUAAACAUGUUUUACCGCCUUGGACCAAUCAGUAAGUUUAGUCAAAAUCGGCCCAGUGCUGUCUGAGAUAUCGUGUGUGAUGAACGUACAGGCAGAGUCAGAUCCACAGAUGAUUAACAUUGAUCAGACUGCCAUCUGAUAAAAUAUUUAAUACAGUUGGCUAUACCUUUCACAUAUGAGGGUGUUUUCUAGGCAACAUUUUUUAUAGGUUGUGAGGUUGGCUUUCAUAGAUGCAGCAAGGUCAAGAGCAGUGAUGUGUUGGAAAGUGGUUCACUUCAUACUUGUUUGCAUUGUAAGAAUGUCCUCAGUCUCAUAUACAGAUGUGGUCAAAUAUAUUGGCACCCUUGCUUGAUUCACUAUUUAUUCUAAAAUAAGUUGAAAUUAAAAAAUAUUUUGGAUUUUACAAGUUUAUUUGUUUGAUUUACAACAGCACAUGGGCAUGAGGAACAAAAACAUAUUUUUUCCGAUUUUUUUUCCCUUCAAAGUAAAAAAUGGCCUUGACUUAUUAAUAUAGUCUAAUUAAUUUGGUUGGAGGCAUGAUUCUCAUUUACUGCAUAAUUUUACUUACUCACCUGUUGUAAGUUGCAGGUGCUUAUGGGGUAAAAAUUGCCAUUCAAUCAGUUUUGAAAAGAACAAACUGAAGAUUCUACUCCAUUGCGCUCUAUUGUGAAAUGCAAGAGUGCGAAUAUAUUUGACUGCAUCUGUAGGUUACAGCAGUUGUCUGCCUCUAACAGUGUAUAAUGUGUACAUCAGUUACUUUAAACGGAUGUUCAAUAUCUAUACGUUUCCACAUGAAAAGGUAAUAUAGUUCAUCAGAGUGCAGUAUCUGUUAUAUUUGUAUUCCCCUAAUAUGUUUUAAUUUGUGUUGGUAAAUUAAUGUUAUAGCCGACAAGAUUAGCAUUUUAGCGCUGCUACUUAGUCUUAGAUUUUUCCUGGAUCAAUGAACUUUUAUGGAAGAUUAAAGGAUUUUGCCAACUGCUUUCAAAAUUCACUCUUGCUUUUAACUCUUGUUAAAAUGAUCAGUGACAUUUCCCUUUACCUUUCCAUGUAUUAAAUAAAAGAGCUGGUCAUAUUUGGUACUAAAAUCUAAUCUUGGUACAUAAAAGGUUCUGCCAGGUUCUGUUUUGAGUAAGAAGACCAGAAAUUAAAUUCACAUUGUUUUGCAAUAUGUCAUGUGCCAUCUUUUAUUUAAGUUUUACUGCUACUUUUGACAUUUUCUUGCUUUUAGAUGAGAAAAAUACAUUUAAAAGGAAUUCUUACCCAAUUAUCUAUAGAUAGAUUUUUUUAGAGUCCCCUCAGCCAACUGACGUUAAUUGAGGAGUUUGCCAUACCACACAUUAAAGCAAGUAUUACGAUGCAAUACAGCUGUUCAUGUUUCCCUAAUGGAAUAUAACACAAAGUUGCAAAUUGGUAUCUAUUAUAUAGGUUCUAUGUUAAUUGUUUUUAAGCCUUAAUAGAUUGCAUGUCUAGUUAUGAUCCCCAGAAACAUGAGACAACUUCUGUAACCUUCUGUAGAUAAUUCAAUAGGCUAUAUUCUUUGCAACUUUUUAAACUGCAUUUUUCUUGUGUAGUGCAAGCAAAUGGAACUGGUCAUAAAUUGGAGAGAUAUUGUCAAUACAUACCAUACAGCAGAUGGGAAGGAGCACUUUAUUUUUUCUCUGUUCUAAAUAUUCCCCUCUACCACACAAAUAUAGUCAAAUCCCCAAUCAGAAAUCUUGGACAUAAAAGCAAGAAAUGCAUCACAUUGUUUGCCCAUAUUUGCUGUAUGUUGUUAUUUUGUAAUUAUUUUAUUUGUGCUGACCAAAAAAGAGAUUGUGGUUUUACGUGAAUAUUUACAUUGAUGUGUGGCUGGUACAUUUGUCUGCACAAAUAAAAAAAUAAGUUGUUUAAAAGUCAAUAAAAAUGUUGUGUAAACAAUGUGA